UGAGCCCGCUCGCAGACGGCUGCGGGGUGCCGGGCAUGUCCCCUGAGUGCGCGCAGGCGGCGGGCACUGGGCUCGCGCGCAGCCCAGAGAGGGCCAACCGCACCCGUUUUCCGUUCUUCUCCGAUGUCAAGGGCGACCACCGGCUGGUGCUGAGCUCCGUGGAGACCGCGGUGCUGGCACUCAUCUUCGCGGUGUCGCUGCUGGGCAACGUGUGCGCCUUGGUGCUGGUAGCGCGCCGACGGCGCCGCGGCACCACCUCCAGCCUGGUGCUCAACCUUUUCUGCGCGGACCUGCUUUUCACCUGCGCCAUCCCUCCCGUGCUGGCCGUGCGCUGGACCGAGGCCUGGCUGCUGGGCCCGGUUGCCUGCCACCUGCUCUUCUACGUGAUGACCCUGAGCGGCAGCGUCACCAUCCUCACGCUGGCAGCAGUCAGCUUGGAGCGCAUGGUGUGCAUCGUGCACCUGCAGCGUGGCGUGCGGGGCCCGGGGCGGCGGGCGCGGGCCGCCCUGCUCGCGCUUAUCUGGGGCUACGCGACGAUCGCCGCGCUGCCCCUCUGCAUCUUCUUCCGCGUCGUCCCGCAGCGGUUCCCCGGUGCGGACCAGGAAAUUCUGAUUUGCACCCUGAUUUGGCCCAGCGUUGCUGGAGAAAUAUCCUGGGAUGUGUCGUUUGUUACUUUGAACUUCUUGGUACCAGGAUUGCUUAUUGUGAUCAGUUACUCCAAAAUUUUACAGAUCACGAAGGCGUCGAGGAGGAGGCUCACGAUGAGCCUGGCGUACUCGGAGAGCCACCAGCUGCGCGUGUCCCAGCAGGACGUGCGGCUCUUCCGCACCCUCUUCCUGCUCAUGGUCUCCUUCUUCAUCAUGUGGAGCCCCAUCAUCAUCACCAUCCUCCUCAUCCUGGUCCAGAACUUCAACCAGAACCUGGUCAUCUGGCCGUCCCUCUUCUUCUGGGUGGUGGCCUUCACCUUCGCCAACUCGGCCGUCAACCCCAUCCUCUACAACAUGUCCCUGUUUAGGAACGAAUUGAGGAAAUUUUUUCACUGCUUCUUCUUCUCGGAAAAGGGAGCCAUGUUUACAGACACCUCUGUCAGAAGAAACGACCUGUCUAUUAUUUCCAGCUAGUUAAUUUUUCUCUAGAGGCAUCUGUUUGUCACUCUAUGGCAAGCCCUGGUGUGUUUUCAAACGGAGUUCCUUUCCAGGACCCGUGUACCAGGGUACCUGCUUUAAGAAAAUGUAACCUAUGCAAGUGCACAUUUACAGCACCAGUAAAUUAAGGGGUGAUCAUUCAGUAUAACAAUUUUAUCCUUUAUAAAAGGAUUUGCUGUGGGUUCCUUUUUAAUAUGAAUUUUUUCAGUGUGUAAUAUGAUUAAAUUGAAUAAUUUUUAUUUGUAACUGU